AUGCUGGUUCUCACAGUGGAGAAGGGAAGUGCCAGGACCUACACCUGUGUGUACUGGACAGAGGGACCCAAUGGACCGGUCUCUGAGCACAGCAACUCCGUCUCCAUCUCCAUAGCAGAUCCCCUUCCUCCGCCAGUGCUGAGCUUGGAUCCCACAUCUGGAGCGGUGGGUGAAGGGCUCCCCCUGGUCAUCACCUGCACAGCCCCCAAGGGUGGAGAUGAGGUGGCUCCCAGCAUCGCAGGCUCUGAGAUCGAUGUGGCGGAGCCCAGGAAUGUCUCUGUCAAUGUGACUGUGACCCGCGGUCCCAGCCACGUGAUUCAAUUCACCUGUGGGAAGAAGGAGAACGGGGGCUGGAGCCCGUCCCCCACGGGCCAGGCCGUGAACGUCACUGUGGAUGAUGCUAACACAGCCACAGCUGCAUCCCCUCUUUCCGUUAUCCUGCUGCCAGUCGUCGGCGGUGUCCUGCUUCUGCUCGGACUCCUGGCUGCCCUCCUGUGGUGGGGCUGGAGGAAGAAAAGAGUUGUAAAGCCUGCGGCGGGCCCUGAGCCAUCCGAGCCCAGAGAACACCCCAGGAACAGGGAUCCCAGGCGUCAGAAGAAGCGACCAGAAGCCGCACAGAUGGACCAGCAGGGCUCGGAAGUCGCCUACGCACACAUAGAGUUGUCUGCCUCGAACGCUCAUGCGACAAAGUCGAAAACCAGAGCCAGGCCUGCUGAUGAGGCGCGGGUGCUGUACAGCGAGGUGGCAACCAAACCCACCCACAAGGCACCCAAAUGAGGAGGGGAAGCCCUCUCUGUGUUCCUACACAUCCUCUUCCCCUGCGCCCAGGAUCUGUAUCCUUCCCCCUUUGUAUCUCUAUAGCCCUGGUAUGACCCAAGUCACUGCUGUCAGCCUGUUUAGCCAGCCAGUAUCCUGUGCAAUAUUAUAGAAAACUGGGGAGCCCCUGGCCAUGACUGUCACUGUGUGGUGUGUGCAUGGGGCAUGUCGAAAGAGUUUGUAUCUGCGUGGUGGAAAUGCACAAUGCAGGCAGUUGCUAACGUAGCCAGCCCUACCCCAAAGAGUGCGGAUUCCUGUGUCUGCCUUGGU